AUGUCCUGCAAUUUCAACUGCUCAGCUCCCACCCCCGCCUUAUCUGAAAACAGCGAUAUCACUGGAAUUGGGAUCAUUAUCAACAAUAUCGUGACUGCCGGCUUCGCUGUAGUGGUCAUUCUCCUCCACUACGUCGCCAUCUACGAUCCAACCCGCGACCCGUCUCAAAAAGAUGGUCAAAUUCCAGCAACUCCAUUUCGACCUAACCCGAUAGACGAAAGCAUCUUAACAAACCUCAGAUUACUCCUAAGGCAUGUACCUUUCGUCAAAAAUGGCAGCAAAAAAUUCUCAGACUUCUUACUCAAGUGCAUCCGAGCAUUGAGCGACAUACAAAUCGUGACCGGCUUCUCUAUCCUGAUCAGCGGGUUUCUCCAGCUCAGAUGCGGUCUAUCAACGUAUCAUUGGCAAGUCGUCGUCCACCUGGGCUGGCUUUCCUGUCUGACUCAGUUAUCUUGCUUAACGCUUCUACGCAACCAUCUCCACGAUCACUCCACUGAGCGGGUGUUGAGGUUACUGGCAGUGGGUGUAUUAGUGAUACUGUUGAUCGUGGGUCUUAGUUUCACCGGAAACUAUCACUGGGCUUUUGACGCAGACAAUGACGAUCACCCAACUCUUAGUGACUCUGCAAUCUGUCAUAUGCGCCCUCAUCCGGGCAUCAACUCGGCAUUUCUAUCAAUGCCUUACUUGAUGAUCUUGAUGAUCUUUGGAUUUGCUUCGAGGGUGAUUAACCUCUACGAUACACUUUCAAUUGGUGUUGUUGGACGGGCCAGAACAUUCCUCGCACGGCCCAUACGAAGGUUAUUACACAUUGUGUAUGACUGGAGCGAUGUGAAUGACUGGAGAAAUAUGUCUAACUGGAGCGGUGCAUCAGGCUCGCCGCGGAAUCUGAAGUUGAUGCUUUGCUAUCUUCCCCUCUUGUCUAUCCACUUCACGUGUUUGGUGCUCGUAGAUGUGUGGGAUUCUGCCAUUACAGAGGUCGGCUGGUUAAUCAUCGCCUUUGCAUGUGGUAUUAUCCGGCUGAUAAGGACGAUAUAUCGACCGAAACAGAAAGGCCUCGAGGCUUCGUUGACUGGUUUUGAUGAUUGGUCGUUUGGCCAAGUUGCUUCUGUGGUGUUACUGGCCGCACCGCUCAUCACAGUCAUCGAAUAUAUCCAGGAAGGUGGGUCAAGUUCUAGUGGUUAUUAUCUAGGAUCAACUGAGAGGUCUAAUACUGGCAUAGAAGAUGAGCCUCGCGGACAAGAUGAGACUCCCGCAAAAAAUGAGACUGACACACAGGAUGAGACUCACCCACAGGAUGAGACUCGCCCACAGGAUGAGACUCGCCCACAGGAUGAGACUCACGUACAAGACGGAUCACAAACUCUCUCUGACAGCCAAACCGUACCCCCGCUCGAACCCCGUUCUAUAUCAGACCCAACCAUCGUGGACCUCAAUAAACCCGACAAUGAUUGGGUUUCACACCUCAAAAUAUCUGAUCUGAUCGGUGUACAUAUAACCAGGUUGGCUUUCGCAGUUAUCCUCUGGGCGGCAGAAGGUGAUCCUUUCACCAAUACGAACGAGAUGUUCUUAGACAAUUUCCUCUUCGCGGGUCUUUGGACGUUUGUACUCAUUCUUUGCUCUUUGAUGGUGGAGACUGCAUUUGCGGACCGAAGACCUUAUCUUACCCUCUGUCUAGAACAAGGGGUAAAGUUAUACAGCAUUGGGUUUAUAAGUUUAUCUCUCCCCAUUUGGGCGAAGGUUGUUUAUUGUCUCCUGCCACUCCUCAUUACCGGUGUUUUGGCGUAUCGAUUUUGGUGCUAA